AUGAAAACUUUAAAUUACAAAAGAUGGACAUAUAAGUACGCCAGUACUCCAUUAAAAAUAACUGAUGCUAAAUUCAAUUUUUCGACUGAUGUUAAUGGUAACUAUGAAAUUCCAAAGAAUGACAUUUUAGUUAAGAUUCGUUAUGCUUCAUUGAACCCUGUUGAUAAUAAAUUGAAGCACAUUGCUUUCUUCCCUUCAUUCAAAAAUCAUGGUAUGGGUAAAGAUUUUAGUGGUGAAAUAAUUGCUUUAGGUUCCAAUGUUAGUAAGUUCCAUGUUGGUGAUUUUGUUCAAGGAUUCCACCCAGGUGUUUUAACAAGUGAUGGAACAUUCAGUGAAUAUUUACUUAUAAACACUGAAUUAUGGAAGUUCAAAACUGAAAUUGCAAAAGUUCCAGAUAAUACAACUUUGGAACAGGCAUCUGCCUGGCCAUUGGUGUUGGGUACAGCUAUGCUAUUAAUGGAUAAAUUACCAAUCCAAAAUAAAAAAGUUUUGGUUCUUGGUGGUGCUACUUCAGUGGGAAGAUAUUUGACGCAAUUGUUGAAAAUUGAAGGAGCAAGUGAAAUUGUUGUCAGUUGUUCUCCUAGAUCACAAGCAUUGGUAGAAGAGUUGGGUGCUACAAAGAUAGUCAACUACAGAGAGAAUGUCUUAAACCAAGUCUUGGAAAAUGUCAAGGACAAACCAUUUGAUUAUAUAUUUGAUUGUUGGGGUGGAAAUAUGUUAUUCCCAGACAUUAAACAAAUAUUAGUUAAAGGUGGUGCUUAUCGUACUAUUGUUGGUGAUAAAUCUGAUAGUGGUACUCUUGGAAUGAUAAUGGGAACGUUAAAGUCCAUUUUCAGAAUUAUUGCAAGUAAAGCACAUUUGAUAAAUUAUCAGUACCGAUACGUAUUAUUGGGGAACAAGAAUGAAGGUUGGAUAAAUAGAGCUCAACAGUAUAUUGCUAGUGGAAAGGUAAGGAUUUUCAUUGAUAAAAUUUACGACUUUGAAGAACUACCAGCAGCAAUCACUUAUAUUGAAACAGGUCAAGCUCAAGGUAAAUUAAUCAUAAAAGUUGAUGAAAGUGGGGAUAAAUAG